AUGUCCACCUCCGUCUUCAUCACUGGUCCCACCGGUUUGAUCGGCGCGUCCGUUCUCCAGAUCAUCUCCAAGGACUCGAAGUACGACAUCACCGCCCUCGUCCGCUCCGAGGAGAAGGCGAAGAAGGUCGCCGAGCUCUCCGGCGUCAAGACCGUCGUCGGCUCGCUCGAGGACGCCGAGCUCCUCACCCAGAAGGCGUCCGAGUUCGACGUCGUUCUGCAGAUCGCCGACAUCUUCAACCUCCCCGCGACCACCGCUCUCCUCGCCGGCGCGAAGAAGCGCUUCGAGGCCACCGGCAAGGCUCCCAUCCACAUCCACACCUCCGGCACUGGUAUCUGGGCUGUCCUUGACAGCGCCGGUGGCCCCUUCAACGGCACGGUCGUCAAGGACACCGACGCCGACCUCGCCUCGAAGUACAACGGUCUCCCGCACAACGCACCCGCCACCGCCGUCGUCGAGGCCGGCAAGGAGGGCUACGUCAAGACCUUCACCGUCUACCCUCCGACCGUCUGGGGCGCACCCGAGGGUCCCUUCUUCGAGAGCGGCCUCGCACACGUCGGCUCCAUCCAGUUGCCCUUGAGCAUCAAGACCUCCAUCGGCCGUGGCCAGGGUGGUGUUGUCGGCGAGGGUCUCAACGUCUGGAACCACGCCCACAUCGCUGAUGUCGCCUCCUUCUACGUCACCCUCCUCUCCAAGGCCGUCGACGGCUCCGCCCCCUCCGGCGCGACCGACGGCCACUACAUCAUCGAGAACGGCGAGUACCAGUACAAGAAGUUCGCCGAGACGUACACCAAGGCGCUCCACGCCGCCGGCAAGUCCGCCUCGCCCGAGCCGACCAAGUUCGAGCAGAAGGAGUUCGAGGCCAUCGGCUUCCUCUUCAUUCUCGGCACCAACGCCGUCACCGCCGGCCCCCGCGCCCGCUCGCUCGGCUGGACGCCCAAGUACUCGACCGACGACUUCUACGCCUGGGUGCCCAAGGAGGUCGACGCUGCUAUUGCCGGCAAGCUCGCGGGUGGCGCUUACUAG